AGGAUUCCGACGCAACGUCGCUUUCGAUUUAUUUUUAAGCGAGCUUUAGGGAACGAGGAACGACCGAGCGAUGAGUGAACGACAACGGAGCCCCGGCACGAUGUACCAGCAAGAGGAGGGCAAACUGGGACCGACCAAAACGGCCAUCGUCCUGGUGGUGGUUGUGGGGUGUUUUGCGGUGCUGUGGCCCAAAGUGUUUUAUCCCAUGCUGACCGGGAGCGCCAACAAUUACAUCAAGCCCAGUCCCAUCGACAGGCAAUCAGGAUGCUGUGACGUAAUUUCUGAACUGGACGUCAGGACGAUUAAGAUAAUGUCGGAGAUAUGCGAGACAAUCAUCAAACAAAAUGAUGAUGAGCCUCUGACUGAGAAGGAGGUAUUGUUGAAAUGUCGUGGUGCAGUGCUAGAGACUUGUGGGAUAGAUAUAUCAGCUGUUUUACAACAACAAGUCAGGCUGGGGCAAAGUGUUAAGCAGAUCAUUGAUGAAGUCAGGUCCUUGAAUGGAUCUCUUUGUCUUAAAUACAAUUUUGGGGUAGCACCUUGGAAAUUAGGCGUACCUCACAGAAUUGUCACUGGUCAAGUUAACACGAUACAUCAAGAAAGGCCGCCCCAUCUCCGCUCCGAGAUGGUCCAUCCAGCGUUUAGAGAAAGGGGUAGAGCCAUUCCUCAAGGCGGACUUUCCCCGUUACCCUCAAUAUCAACACCGAGACAAGUUCCAGGAAGGCCCGGACCAAUUCCUGGACUGAGACCCACCAUGGGUGGGGCGGGACACAUUGUACCACCCAAACAACAAUCAAUUGGCGGACCCAUGGGACUUAUAAUGCCAAUUUACACCAUUGCCAUUGUGGCUUUCUUUUCUUACACAGUCAUUAAGUUAUUUACUAAGAAAAAACCAGCCGUUGGUGAUUUGUAUCCUCACGUGGAGCCCGAUCCUGUUUUCAGACGUGAGGUCUUCGAGUCCCAACAACGUCCUCAUACAACUAUCCGAGAGGGGGUCUCCAGUAAGUUAGGAUGGAGUGAACGCGACGCAAGAGAUUUAGAGCUGGACCAUCUGCGACGAAGGCUGCGCGAGACCGAAGAGGCCAUGGAACGUAUAUACGCGCAGCUGGCCAAAGUGCCGCUUAAGAAGGAGGAUCAAUCCACAACACCCGCACCAUCGGGCUUGUCUAACGGCAGCGUUAUCCAGGAGGAGGAAGAGCAGCCCACCGUUAAAGUAAUGGGUCUGGAGGUGACGACCAGUAGAGAGGACGAGAAGAAAUGGGCACGACCGAGUUCACCUCUGGUACCCGGGAGCCAUGGGGGAGAACCACUUCCGCCACCACAAGAGAUCUUUUUGGAGGGCGCCUUGCCCGCACAAUCGCAGCUAUUGGUGUCCGAUUCGACUACGGAAGCUGAAUCCGAAGUGGGCGAAAAUGAUGCCGUCGUUCUCGCUAGUAAAAUGACUUUGUCGGUUAUAAGCCUUGAUUCUUCGGAGAAUGGCACAGACGAAUCCUCGUCUGAUAAACGUUCGGAGCAAAUAGUCAUAGUGGGCGAGGACGAUUUGAAGGGUGGAAGCAGCAGUAACGGAUCGGACGAUUUCGAAAAGAUCGAGGCUGAUCAAAUCGAAGACCAAAUAGAUGAAAUAAUAGAAGAAGCCAAACAUAUCACCGAAACUUCCAUCGAAAGUGACGAUGAUAGAGAUUUUUUGGAACAAGAGAGACUCGCGCUGGAACUCGAGAAAGCUCAAGACGAUGAUUGGCAAGAGAAGGUCGUGUCCGAAAUUGAGAUCCAACCCAGCGAAUCGUUUAUAGAGGAGACGGCUAAAGAAGAGGACGUUCCACAACCCAGCGAGUCUUUUGUUGAGGAAACCGCUAGAGAGGAGAAGGUACCAGAACCCAGUGAGUCGUUCGUUGAAGAAACUGCUAGAGAAGAGGCGGCGCCGCAACCCAGCGAGUCAUUUAUUGAGGAAACUGCCAAGGAGGAGGCGGCACCUCAACCGAGCGAAUCGUUUAUCGAAGAAACCGUCAGAGAAAUUGUUUUGGAACAACCGAAAGAAUCUGUUUUGGAGGAAACGAAACCUGAAGAGCCGUCAGAUAAAACUGUGAACGUUGAAGAAAUUUUAGAAGUUGAGGAAAUAAUGGAAAUCGAACAGAAACCGGUAGUUAUUGAUGUUCCUGUGCCAAAACCGGAAGGUGAACAAUCCGAAGAAAAGGAUAAGGUGACUGAUAAAACGAAGAGUAGUGCGAGCAGCGGCACAGUAGAAGAUAUCGAAGAACUGUUGAGUAGGGACGACGAAAUUGAUGUGGAACUGAAUGUAGAUUACGAACCAAGCGACAAUGGCAGUGAAGAAAUUCUUGAUGAAAUACGUAACACUGACAGGAUAUCGGAGGAACGAGAAAACAUCGACGAAUUGCUCGAAAAAUACGGUGAGAGUGGAUCAGAGGUGGAAGAAGAGGAGGAGGAUGAGGUUGUGGAAGAACAAGAGAUUGUUGAAUAUGUAGACGAGGAAGUAGAGGAAGAAGAACCGGCCACUGAAGUUCAGGGGAAAGAAAAUGCCCAUCCGACUCACUAAUUUUUUACCUAAGCAUAUUGAGCUCUUGAGGAGUAACUUAAAUUGAUUUUAGAUACUCACAUUGUACUUAAAUACUGUGGACGCCUAGUGCGUUCAUUUAAUAAAUUAUAUAUCAUGUAUACACCAACAGUUUAAGCAGUGUGGUAGAAUGGUUAAACUGAAUUCAAUUUCAAGUCGUUUUUUAUUAUAGCAUUUAUCCAACCUGAGUAGAUAUUUGAUUAAUGGAACCUAGUUAUACUUAUUUGUUAUCUUGCGUGUUAUUUUUAUUAUAUUAAAGCUUUGAGCUGUUGAUUAUAUGUUGAUUGUACAUAAAUAAAAAUUUAAACCUA